AUGAGGUCGAUUAAAUUCACAUUCGUUCUACUCUCGCUGGUGAUAUUGGUGUCACUCGUUUCGUCGUUUUCCCCUCCACAAAACACCGGACUUGCAAGAAGGCAAGAUUCCUCCUCCGGUGAUUCAAGCCAAACGGACAAGCCAACAGACAAGCCUACAGACAAGCCAAGUCAAACUUCUGAGAACAACAGUCAGACCACAGGAUCAGACAGCGGAAAGGGAAGCGGGAGUGACAAGCCCACUCCAACCGAAAAGGAUGGAAGCCAAAGUGGCUCCAAGACAGACGACAAGGGAACCAAGACCACCAAGAAGCCUAAGAGCACAUUUGUCGACCCCCGUAAACCAGCUGGUGGCAUUGCCAUGGUCACGCCUGGUGUCUUUGACCCUUCAACCUAUGUAAAGAUUGGAGACAAAGCUACUUUCGCCUGGAAUUAUACCUCCCUGGUCAUAACGCCAUCCGCAGUCGAUGUGGUUGCGUACUGCUCGGCAAACGAUCAUUACUACACCAUUGCGUCAAACAAGACUGUCGAAGAAACCGGGAAAGCCGUCUGGGACACUGAGCCAUACGAAACUGCUGGCAUUCGCCUUUUGGUCGAACAUUAUACCCUGAUUGUACACGAUGUCAAACGUGGUCCCACCGAUGCUGCCCCAGCUGGUGAACUAGGGAACUCCAGGCCCUUUGUUUUCGGAGUCUACUCUCCCAAGACCGAUCCAAAUCUCAAGAAACGAGCUAUGGGUAGCGCAGCUAUCUCAAACACAGAGCGUCAAGCUCUCUGCUUCAUGUUUGGAAUGAUCGGCAUCACCAUCGCUUCGUUCACCUGGUUUGCUAGUGGGCUGGGCUUAUUUGCUUAA